UAUCAAAUACAGCUACAAGGAAGCUUCAAAAGGCAACCCAAUUUUGUAAUCUUCAAAAAUCACCAUUUCUUUGUCUUCCCCUAUCCAUCUUAUUUUGUUUUCUGUCUAUAAAACUAGAGCCCGUCAUAUUCCUUUAUUCUUGUAGCUGUAAAUCCAAUCACGUUUCCUUGUUUUCAAUACCUAUCUCUCUCCAUAAUUUUGGUGUUUCAUGUUAUUUCUCGACUCAUCUACAUUGCCUGCUUCUUCACCUGCUUAUGAUCUAUAUACACCAAUCAAGGUGUUUUUGUUAAACUUCAGUUUAUGAUGGAUCUUGAAGGUGAAGGUGUUACCCCCAAGAGUCCAAUCAAGAAGAAGGAAUCAUGGAAUACAGUGUUGAGUUUAGCUUAUCAGAGUUUAGGUGUUGUUUAUGGAGAUUUGAGUACUUCCCCUUUAUAUGUAUACAAAAGUGCUUUCGCUGAGGAUAUUCAUCACUCUGAUACAAAUGAAGAGAUUUUUGGGGUUUUAUCAUUUGUGUUCUGGACAUUGACAUUGAUGCCAUUACUGAAAUAUGUAUUUAUUGUGCUUAGAGCAGAUGAUAAUGGUGAAGGUGGAACCUUUGCUUUAUAUUCAUUGCUCUGCAGGCAUGCAAGGGUCAGUUCUUUGCCCAAUUGUCAGCUUGCAGAUGAGGAAUUAUCAGAGUACAAAAAAGAUGGGAUGGCAUCAAAUAAUAGGAGUCUUUUGGGUUCAAGUUUGAAAUCAACUUUAGAGAAACACAAAAUAUUGCAGAGGCUAUUGCUUGUAUUGGCUUUGAUUGGAACUUGCAUGGUCAUUGGAGAUGGGGUUCUCACACCUGCAAUUUCUGUUUUUUCAGCAAUUUCAGGUCUGGAGCUUUCCAUGUCCAAGGAACAACAUCGAUAUGUUGAAGUCCCAGCAGCUUGUGCCAUUCUGAUAUUAUUAUUUGCCCUCCAACAUUAUGGGACGAAUCGAGUAGGGUUCUUAUUUGCGCCAGUGGUGGUAACAUGGCUUUUAUGCAUCAGUGCCAUUGGGGUUUACAAUAUUUUCCGUUGGAAUCCCCAUGUUUACAAAGCUCUCUCCCCUUAUUACAUGUACAAGUUCUUGAAGAAGACCCGAAAGGGUGGUUGGAUGUCGCUUGGAGGGAUCCUCCUUUGUAUAACAGGCUCUGAAGCUAUGUUUGCUGAUCUUGGACACUUUUCACAGUUGUCUAUCAAGAUUGCUUUCACCUUCGUUGUUUAUCCAUCUCUAAUCCUUGCAUAUAUGGGACAAGCUGCUUAUCUUUCGAGGCAUCAUAUUCUCGAAACUGACUAUCGCAUCGGAUUCUAUGUUUCUGUACCAGAGAAAAUAAGAUGGCCUGUUCUGGUUAUAGCUAUAUUUGCAGCAGUUGUGGGAAGUCAAGCCAUUAUUACUGGAACAUUCUCAAUCAUCAAACAAUGCUCUGCUUUGGGUUGUUUCCCAAGGGUCAAAAUCAUUCACACUUCAUCCAAAAUCCAUGGCCAGAUUUACAUCCCAGAGAUCAACUGGACUUUAAUGCUGUUAUGCUUGGCAGUGACUGUUGGUUUUCGAGACACAAAACGGAUGGGAAACGCAUCAGGUUUGGCCGUUAUUACGGUUAUGCUGGUUACAACAUGUUUAAUGUCUCUGGUUAUUGUCUUGUGCUGGCAUAAAAGUGUUUUCUUAGCGAUAUUGUUUAUAUUCUUCUUUGGCUCCAUCGAAGCACUGUAUUUCUCAGCAUCUCUUAUCAAGUUCCUUGAAGGGGCAUGGGUUCCCAUUGCACUUGCAUUAAUAUUUUCAGCCAUAAUGUAUGUUUGGCACUAUGGAACACUCAAGAAAUACGAGUUUGAUGUUCAGAAUAAGGUCUCUAUCAAUUGGCUCCUUGCUCUAGGUCCGACUCUUGGUAUUGUUCGGGUCCGAGGGAUCGGGCUUAUACACACCGAGCUUGUUUCCGGAAUUCCUGCUAUUUUUUCUCACUUUGUCACCAACCUCCCUGCGUUCCACCAAGUUGUUGUGUUUCUUUGCAUUAAAUCGGUUCCAGUGCCACAUGUGAGUCCUGAGGAAAGGUUCCUAGUAGGAAGAGUUGGUCCGAAGGAAUACCGGCUCUAUCGAUGUAUAACACGUUACGGAUAUCGAGACAUUCACAAAGAUGAUCUUGAGUUUGAGAAAGAUCUUAUUUGUAGCAUUGCUGAAUUUAUCAGAUCAGAGAGACCAGAAUGUAGUAUUCAGACAAUGGACUCAGAAAAUGACGAAAAAAUGACAGUCAUCGGGACAUCAUCAUCGAAUUUAGGUGUAAGAAUGCAUGAAGAUGGUGAAGAAGAUUCAUCUGAAAUUGUAUGCACUUCAGAGGUAAAGAUGACAAAGUCCCCUUCAAGGUUGAGGAAGAGAGUGAGGUUCGUUGUCCCGGAAAGUCCGCAGAUUGACAUUGACGCGAAAGAGGAAUUGCGGGAACUGAUGGAAGCAAGAGAGGCUGGAAUGGCAUUCAUUCUGGGCCAUUCAUAUGUAAGAGCAAAGAAAGGAUCAAGUUUGAUGAAGAAAAUUGUGAUAAAUUUGGGAUAUGAUUUCUUAAGAAGAAACUCUAGAGGACCAACUUAUGCCUUGAGCAUUCCUCAUGCAUCGACACUAGAGGUUGGGAUGGUCUACCUGGUAUAAGAUAAUUUUAUUACGUACUAUCGAGAUCGGCACUCGACUUGCAAGGUAUUGUUCGUUUUCGCCCAAAAGCGUCAUGGUUGAUGCCACGCGUGUGGAAAAACGGAGGAUACCUUGCAGAUCAGGUGCUGAUAUUUACACUUCAGUCUUUGUAUUCCAUCAUUUUCUUUCUUCUGCUCUCGUUGUAUAUGAUAGAACAUAGCUUUCUAGAGAUGGUAAUUUGAUUGCAGAUUACAAGAGAUCAUAGUUC